GCUUUGCUUUGCUCUAUAAAGAGCCAUGCUUAUGGAUCCGUAUUAUCUUUUUACUAUCAAAGUACAUGCUCUAGACUUUGCCAAGCCAGUUUAGACUGACCACAAGUAUGAUCUGAGAAAGCUAAAAUGGGUUUUAUGGAAGCAUAGAGACCAUGACGCAUGCCAUCUUUUUUUUUAAAGGCCAGUACUUUGACUCAAUCAACAAACAUUAUUGCAUCGACAAUUCUAUAACUUUCUCUUAAAAACAAAUCUAUUCAAUAUGGUCAACUACGUUCCCUCCGGCUACUUCUUCAUCGCUUCCCAGUUCAACGGCAAGGUCCUUGACGUCGAGAAGGCCUCCACCAAGGAUGGUGCCAAGAUCUGUGUCUGGGCCAAGAAGGAUACUGACAGCGACAACCAGCAGUGGGAGUACCGCAAUGGUCACCUGAUCAACAAAUACUCUGGAAAGGCUCUUGAUAUCAAGGGCGGCAAGAUCAAGCACGAUACCCGCAUUGUCCAGGAAGACAUCAAGGAGGCCUCUGAAGAAGCUGAUUCCCAGCGCUGGUUGAUUGAUCCUCAAUACUAUAUCCACACUGCUGCCGACACUUCCUUGGUUCUUGACAUUCGUGGUGCUGAAGAUGAAGAUGGUGCCGAAGUCAUCCUGUACGAGAAGCGUGAAGGCACUGCUUCCUCCAACCAGAGAUGGAACCUUAUCCCUGCCAACUAAAAAUAUUCCCUCCCUUUAUCUUAUUUUUGUUUCUUUACCCGGCUACAUUUAACUUUUAUUUGCACAUAUGAAAAAAAAGUAACUGUAGUCAAUUGCAAAUAUAUAUAUAUAUAUCAAGUCUUUUCUUGCGCUCUUGUCAAUAAAAUAUUCCCAAUCGCGUUUACUCUU